CACAGCAUGACAUCCAUGACUUUCGGAACGACAAAACCCGAAUUCCCCCCAAUGCCGUCCGCCGUUUCGUUCGUUUCGUUCCCCUCGGGGCACAAGUCCGGAGAGUAGACGGGGCGCGCAUACAUGUACACAUAUCCCGCGGGAGCGCUCCCGGCCUGCAGGCCCCAUCUGCCCCUCAUCCGUCCGCCCAUCCAUCCAUCAUACCCCUGGUUGUUGUUCAUGUCGUCCCACAACUGAGCUGAGUGAGCGCGAUUACUUACUGCCGUACUAGGAGGAGGACUGGUCGACGGACUCGGGCCACGGCAGCCUGACCAACACGCUUACACUUUCAACACUAGAUAGUGAGUGGGGGUGGGGGAGGUUGCGUGCACCGCAGUGCGAACGGGGACGGACACACACGAUGAUGGGGUUCAACAGCACAGGGAUCCCACGCUCGUCAUGUUGGCUGAUGUGCACACCCGCUGCCGGCGUUGCACGAUCAACAUGGUCCGCCCCCGUGUCUGGUGCGAGGUAGAUAUAUAGAAACUUGCCCACCCACUCCCCCGAUGGGAGAGCGGUCUCGGUGAGGUGCGUCCAGUCGACCGUCCGGGGAUAUAUACACGCUGGAGAUAGGAUCUUUCGAGCAACACCCACGAUCCAUCCCCGACGACAGCAGGCAUCAUCCACUACUGACUGCCGUCAUCGACCGCUCCAUCAAAGACUUACACGCAGACACACACUCACACAUAAGAACAACAGGCGUCACAGCCCAUCCUUCGCCCACCAUGCUGCCCUCCAGCACCCCCCACGCCCUCGACAACAACAACAACAACAACGGCAGCACCACCCCUCCCCCCUCCGACGAAAAAGCCGAAGCGCACCGCAUCGAAGAAACCUCCCUCGCCGCCACCCUCCCCCUGCCCCCCGGAUGCACAUACACCACGCCGCGCGCCAUCCAGGAGCGCUUCCCCACGCUGCGCUCCCUCUCCGACGCGGACAUGGCGUCGCUCAACGCGCGCGUGCGGCGGCGCAUCGACUGGCGCAUGAUGCCCUGCACCUCGGCCAUGUACCUGAUGAACUACCUCGACCGCAUCAACGUGUCCAACGCGCGGCUCGCCGGCCUGCAGCGCGACCUGGGCAUGAGCGACACCGUCUGGAGCCUCGGCAUCUCCAUGUUCUACGUCGGCUACGUCGUCGGCAUGGUCCCCGGCAACAUGAUCAUGGCGAGGUCGAAUCCCCGCUACUUUAUGCCGGGGCUGAUGCUGCUGUGGAGCGUGGGCACGGUCUGCAUGCCCGCCAUGAAGAGUGGCGCUGGCUUUGCCGUCGCGAGAUUCUUCAUCGGCCUGGCCGAGGCGCCCUUUUUCCCGGCUCUCACUCUUUUAACCUCCUCCUGGUACACCAAGGAAGAAUCCCCCAUGCGCAUGGCCAUCUGGCACGCCGGCAACACAAUCUCCAACAUCAUCUCCUCCUUCCUCGCCGCCGGCAUCCUCGAGCACAUGAAGGGCGUCGCCGGCCUGCGCUCCUGGCAGUGGUUCUUCGUCAUCGAGGGCGUCGCCUCCGUGCUCGUCGCCGUCGCCUCCUACUUUUUGCUCCCCGAGUGGCCCAGCAACACGCGCUUCCUCGACCAGCGGGAGCGCGAGAUGGCGCAGUACCGCGUCCUCGUCUCCAACGGCGGCGUCGACGAGGAGGAGGGCGGCGUCUGGGCGGGCGUCUGGGCCGCGGCCAGGGAUCCCUACACGUGGCUGUUUUGCCUCAUGCACUUUGCGCUCGUCACGGCGCAGAGCUUCAAGGACUUUUUGCCCUCGAUCAUCCAGACUUUCGGCUACAACAAGCUCAUCACCUACCUCAUCCAGGCGCCCCCCUACGCCAUCGCCUACGUCUUCGCCUGCCUCGUCGCCUGGUCCUGCGGCCGGCGGCAAGAGUCCACCUGGCACAUCACCGUGCCCGUCGUCGCCGCCGCCGCGGGCGCCGCCCUCAUGAUGGGCACGCUCAACGUCGGCGCGCGCUACUUCGGGCUCGUGCUGCUCAUCAGCGGCACCUACAGCGCCUUCAACAUCCAGCUCUCGUGGGAGACGACCGUGGUGCCCGCGCCGCGCGCGAAAAAGGCCUCGCUCAUCGCCAUCGCCGACUGCCUCAGCCAGACGAGCCACUGGUUCAGCCCCUACUUUUACCCCAAGCGCCAGGCGCCCUACUAUCGCAUGGGCGGCGGGCUGGUCCUCAUGGGGUGCGCCAUCGCCGUGGUGAGCUGCUUCGCCAUCCGCUGGCGGUCGGUUCGCCUCAACAGGAAGCUCGACGAGAGGCAAGGGUGGACGCCGGGGUCGGGCAUGCAGAGGGGGUGGAGGUUUCGCUACUAGUAGGCGUCGGCGGCGGCGACGAGCAUGUCGAAUGGUUCCCAGCAGGUGGUGGUGGUGGUGAUGGUGGUGACGGACUGAUGGUGUGCCACUACCGGCAGGAGAAGAUGACGAGGGAAUCAUGUGAAUGGUACUCACCCUGCUGCUGCCUGCUGCAGACACAUGCACAAAACAUUUUGCCC